CACUUAGCGUGAUGGCUGCCGUGUGGCGAGCUCGCAAAUUUUCUCGCUGCGUUGUCCGUUUUUCCGACCGUGAUCUGUAAACACGCUGAUAUUACACGAUUAAAGCGUCUGCACCCAGAAGCUAAGAGAGAAACCGACAUGGAUGAAAGCAACAAAAAUGCCAGUGCUGGUUCUGUCGAUAAGGAGGAAGAUGAAAAUUCUGAGGACUCCCAUUUGCGGUUGGAGCUUAGUGUUUUUAGGGCUCAGUGGAUGUCAGAGCUGCAGCCCAACUCUGGCAUUAGGACUGGUCUUUCUAAAGCUGCUGAUCUGAAAAAGAGGCAGGAGCUGGUCCGUGAGGAAAAAGCCCGAGAGCUUUUCCUGAAGGCUGUCAACAAGGAACAAAAUGGAGCCGUUUAUGAAGCCAUCAAGUACUAUAAGAGUGCAAUGCAGCUUGUACCUGACAUUGAGUUUAGAAUCAACUACAGCAGAUCUCCUGAUCCAGAUAGAGUUGGUGGGAGCUAUUUAAAAGAGAAUGAAAAUGAUGGUGAGAUAGAUGAUCUCCUUGCAUAUUUCCAGCAGAAGCUAACUCUGGGGCAUUUCUCUCAGAAGAUUUGUGAUCCUGAGGUGGAAACAUCACAGGUGCAUAUUUCAGCGUUGCCUCCAGAGGUGCUGAUGUACAUCUUUCGUUGGGUUGUAAGCUGGGAUUUGGAUAUGCGAGCGCUGGAACAGCUCUCUCUAGUCUGCAGGGGAUUUUACAUUUGCGCAAGAGACCCUGAGAUUUGGCGUUUGGCCUGUUUGAGGGUGUGGGGCCGGAGCUGCACCAAAAUACUGCCCUUCACCUCCUGGAGGGAAAUGUUCUUAGAGAGACCACGUGUGCGCUUUGAUGGUGUUUACGUUAGUAAAACAUCAUACAGCCGUCAGGGUGAGGAGUCUCUGGAUGGCUUCUACAGAGCAUGGCACCAGGUGGACUAUUACAGGUACCUACGCUUCUUUCCUGAAGGUAAAGUGAUUAUGUUGACUACACCUGAGGAGCCCCUGGUCGUUGUUCCACGUCUGCACAUCAAAAACUCAAGGAUUGACUCGAUUUUGUGUGGCCACUAUCGGCUGUCCCAGGACACAGACAAUCAAACCAAAGUUUAUGUCGUUGUCUCGAAAAGAAAGGAGGAGGUCCCCGAGUACCAGAAGAGUCGGUUCUGCAGGCGGAACCCAGCGCCUGAGUCAGAGUGCUCCUUUCAUGUGGGACUGCAGCUAUUCUCCAGGGGGCGCCAACGCUUCAACAAGCUAGUAUGGAUCCACCACUCCUGCCACAUCACAUACAGAUCAACUGGAGAAACCGUCAUCACAGCAUUUGACCUGGACAAAAUGUAUACACCGCUAUAUUUUUCCCGAGUGAAGAGUUACACUUCCCUGUCAGAGCGCCCCCUGUAGGACCUCAGGAGAGCUGCAUGCAGUGUACGACAAUGAAAUGUUUACCUUAUGCAUUACUGUUGCGCCAAAUACAUUACCCAUAAUCCUCCUCCGCUUUGAGCAUGAGGCUGAUAAAUGUAAAGAAUGUUCUGCAAGGCUUUUCUUUUACCAAAUUUCAAAUAGCAACCUUAUAGCCGUUACCUCACAGGCUGGCCUUUUUUAUUUUUAAAUUGAUGCUCAGUAGAUUUAAAGUGUUUCUUCUGCUUACUGUUCAUCAACCGUUGUUGAUUGUUUUUACCAUGGGUUACGUGGAUUUCAGUGUGUUUACCGAUUACUGAAACAACCAAAUAAACAAGUUAAAGGUG